AUGCCUACAUGUACUCAAUGUGGAGGAGAUGAUUUUUUUGAAGAUUGUGGCAAUUUUUAUUGUCAAGUCUGUCAGGUUCAGUCACAGGAUAUUCGAGUAGAAGAAACAGAAUUUGAAGAUGUCCACAAUCUUAUUUUAACAAGGACUCCAGCUCCUGUCUCUCAAACUGUUGAACCUCAAGAGGAAAAAAACUUUGGACGUCCAUGGACAAUACAAGAAGGUUAUCAGUGUGUCAUGAAGAAACAAGUUGAAGCCUUGAUUGAACUUGGUGCUGAUCCCAAACUUGAUGAAGUAGUAUUUAGAUUAUGGGCAGCAUAUUUAAGUUCAAUAGAAAUUGCAUUCUGUAAAAAAGAAAAGUUGAUUCCAUCAUCAACUCAUUUACUAGCCAGAGCACGAGAAACCUCAUGUGGGCCUAUAUCUAGACCUGUUGUAUAUAAGCCUCAGAAAAAAUAUCAUUCAAGAGCUGAAUCAAAACGUCAAAUAGAUGACCUUGAAAUUACCCAAGAAUUAGGUAGUGAAGAAUUUUACCUUGGUGAUCAUCCAGUUGAAGAGGAUUUCAUUUUACGACAGCAAAAAAGGGCAGAUCCAACAACAUUUUUACCUGUAAGAAGUCGUUUAAAGUAUAAAGUGGAGUGGAUGAAUUUAGCUGAAACAUUAUCAUUUAUAUAUCUUGGUUUAUUAUUUACUAGUAAUCAUAUUACACCUUCAGAAAUCAUCAGGUUAGUCAGAAUAAAAUACACCUUCAGAAAUCAUCAGGUUAGUCAGAAAACACCUUCUUAUAUCAUCAGUUUAAUAGAAACUGAUAGAAUUCCUUAUAAAUCAGCCAUCAGUUGUCUGAACCAAGAUAUGAAAAUCUCUUCCCAUGAUGCUUAUCUAUUUAAUAGCAAAACUUUGCCAACAACAGAAGGCUUGAGAUGUAUAACUGGACGUUUAGUAAGAUUUUUAGGAAUAUAUGAGUUACCACCCUUGCCAAUAGACAUCAUAACAAAUAAUCUGCUCCUCAAGUUGGAUCUACCAGGUGAAAUGAACUGUUUGGUAUUUAAUCUAAUGAAGAAAGUAGAACCUGAUGUUACUAUUGGUGAUGAUAUCAAGGAUAUUGAAAUGAUAUCAGCUUGUUAUAUUAUUAUGGUGUUAAAAUUAUAUUUUGGUGUCAACGACUCAAGAGAGCAUACGUUAACUGUAUGUGCUAGACAACUAUCUAAACUAUUUCCAGAUGAUAACUGGUUUGUUUGGGAGGAAUGGCAGAGUCAUAUAUCAUCUAAAUAUAGAAUAAAACAACAGAUAUUGUCAUCUAAUGAUUUAGGAGAAAAUCUAGAAAGGAUUACAGAUGUUGAGGAAUUUGUAAAUUUAUAUAAACAUUCACAUUCUGGUAAAAAUAACAUUGUUUUUAGGCAGAAAAACAGAUGUAAAGGAAUUGAUGAAAUUAACAACACAUUAACAGAACUAGCCCAAAAGGCACGGAAAACUGAGAAUGAACAAGAAAGCUCACAGGAAAAUGACACUUCUGUAGAUUUACUGAAUAGUUUGUUGUCAAAUGAGUCAGAGGAACAAAAUGAAUUAAUAGCUAUUCGUCUUAGAUCUAGUUCUAUUCAUUAUCUCAAAUCAUCAAACAUUAAUUAUGGUAAACAAGAUGAUGUAAUGCUAUCACCAUCUACACAGUUCAGUCCAUCAGGUUCAGUUCAGAACACCGACAAUGAGGAUGUUCUUACUUCAUCCAAUCCACAGAACCAUGAGAAGGGAGGUAAUAUACAACACUUCAACACCCAAAAUUUGGACGUUGAUCAGUGUGAGGAACUCAAAAAGAUUUUAGAAAAAAUUCAGGAAGAUUCUGGCAUUUAUUCAGAAUUUAGAGACCAAGUUCCAAAUCGAACUCAAAAACUUUUUAAGACGCGCAAAUUUGAACGACAUAUUUCAUAUGAAUGGUUGCUAAGUGUGUUUUGUAAGAUUUCAAAAUGUCGUCUGGAUAAACUGGAAAGAUUUUUAAAACAUUUCGAGCAUUUUGUAAUGGAGGGAUCAGUGACUUCUGUUACAGCCGAGCAAAAAUUUUUCAGAAAUAAAUUUUUAAAGGUUAAGAAAAAAGAAAGAGAUGUGAAAAGUUUGAAUGAUUCAACAGAUUCUUCCAGUGAUCUCUCAUCUACAUCCAAACAUCAUAAUUCAAGGCAUCAUCAUUUGUUUGAUUAA